AUGUUUGAUCCUAUAACAUUACAUUAUGUUAAAAAAAAAGAGAAUCUUUAAGAGAAUACAUCUCUUGAAUAAGAAAAAUAAAUUAAAUAAGAUUAGGAUUAAAAGAUCAUUAAUAAUAAAAUUAAUAAUGAGUGUAAAAUACAAAAAGAAUAGAAAUAAUCAAAGUAAAAGAAAUUAACAAAAAAGGAUUCAUCUGAUUGUGUUGAAUUAUUGGAGGAAGAUUAAAAUAAAUAAACUAUAAUUAACAAAGAAAAAGGUAUUUAAUCUAACAGUGAUGAUGAAGAUUUUGAUUUAUUGGAUGCAGACAGAAUCUAGAUUUUAAAGAUAGUGAUUGAUAAACGAAAAUAUAAUAAUAGAUAAUAGUUACAAUAAUAAAAUCAACUUAUUUAACCUUAAGAUGAAUAUAAAUAAUCUGAUGAUGGUGUGAUAGUGAGAUAAAGAAUAGAUUAAUAAAAUGAGCAUUUUCAGAAAGAAGAAUAAUAUCCUUAAAUUUAAUAGGAAUAAAAAAAUAAUUUAUAUCUUCCAGUAAAUAAAUCAAGAUAAGGGAUUGAUAAUUAAAAUGAAAUAAAAUAGAAAAAACAUAGAAAUUAUAAAUAUAAAGAAUAACCAUUGAGUAGAUUAGAAACAAAUGAUGAAAUAAAGAAAAAGGAGAAAAUUUAUGAUAAAAGAAAAGAAAAAAAGAAAUAAGAUUUUUUAUAAUUAUUGAAUGAGAUUGAAAUUGAACAAAAAUAAUAAUAAUUAAAGGAAGAAGAAUAAAAGAGAAAAUACAAAGCAAUAUUAUAAUAGAAUAAGGAUAAAUUAAGAGUACAAAAUUAUGAAUAAAAAAAUAAAUUAAAGAAUUUAGAAUACUUUUAAUAAUAGCAAGUAAACACUAAAAUUUAAAAAGAUCAGAGAAUAAAUGAGUCUAAAAUUGAUAGAAUAAUAGCUAAAUCAGAAAUUAAAUAAGAUCUUUAAAGUUGUAAAUCAUCAUCUGUAGCCAAAAAGUCAUCUGUUGAGAAAGGAAUCAUUUCCAUUAACAAACUUUUUGCAGAAACUUAAUUAAAAAGGUUAAGGAGGAAUGAAACCGAUAGUGAUGAUUCAGAUGAAUUUUCAUAAGUUGAAAGGAAUAGAAAUUAUUUAAAAAAAUCAAAGAAGUGA